GUCCGAUCAUACACACACACACGCGUCGAUGCACGCAUGCCACGUCACUUGGGACAAACACACACAGACACGUCGGGAGCGCCAGUACCAGGCAGGCCUGUACAGACACGCCACAUCAGCUCAUCAAGUCCCUUGGAAAUUUGCCCGCGUCUCCUCGCGAGGAGGGGAGCUUUCAAAAAGGCGACACACGUGUGCACUAGGGCCUCUCACACAGAGAUGAUGCACCUCAUCAGACAUCAUACCCCAGCGCCUUGGCCACAGUGACCAUAUCCUUGUCGCCACGGCCGCACAAGUUGAGCUGCAACACACACAUACAGAGAGCGCGAGAGAGAGAACGAGAUUCGUUGCUGAUAUGUGGAGAGCGUUCUUCGUUAGUCUCCCUCACCAGCACGAUGUGGUCCUUGGGCAGGUCCUUGGCCAUCUUGAUCACGUAAGCGAUGGCAUGAGCCGGCUCCAGCGCCUGACGAACGGUCAAGACGACACACAUAGACAGACCGUUUGUCAUCCGACCAUCCAUUCCAUCCACUGACUGCUACGCUACGCUGCCUACCGGAAUGAUGCCUUCAGUCCUGGAGCAGGUCUGUAUGGCGUUGAGUGCCUCCUUGUCGGUCACCCACACGUACUCGGCCCGCCCGCUGUCCUUGAGGGCUGCGUGCUGCGGGCCGACGGCAGGGUAGUCCAGGCCGGCGGAGAUCGAGUGGGUCUCGAUGAUCUGCCCGUGGACGUCCUGCAGCAAAUAGGUCCUGUUGCCGUGAAGCACACCCGGCUUGCCUGAGCCGCCACACACACACACACACACACACACGCGCAUACACGUGUGCAAAGAAUGUGCACGUGUGUCUGUCCGCCUUGACGACGCACCUCCCGAUAGCGUGGCAGAGUGUUUGGGGUUGUCGCCAACGGGUCCCGUUUCGCCGCCGGCCUCCACACCGAUGAGCUUGACGCUCUUGUCGUCCAGGAAGGGGGCGAACAUGCCGAUGGCGUUGGACCCGCCGCCCACACACGCCACUAUGGUGUCGGGGAGACGCCCGGGGCCGCACCCAUUGGCGAAGGGACCCUCCCUCAGCAUCUGGGCACGGGCCUCACGACCUGAGAUGGACGAAGGCAAAGGGGCGAUGCGUGAGUGAAUGGAUGGCCUGGCAGGGAGUGGCCUUGUGUGUGCUUGGUGUGUUUGCGUACGUACCGAUGACGGCUUGGAAUUCCCUGACGAUGUCCGGGAAUGGGUGGGGGCCGAUGGCCGAGCCGAUGAUGUAGUGGGUGGUGCGGAUGUUGGUCACCCACUGUCAUGACACACCCACACACACAGACGUACAUCCGACAUGCGUGUGUCUGUGUCUGUGUUGGGAUUCCUUACGUCUCGGAGUGCCUCGUUGACGGCGUCCUUGAGCGUCUGUGAGCCGCAUGUGACGGGGACGACCUGUGCGCCGAGCAUCUUCAUGCGGAACACAUUGAGCUUCUGGCGCUCCACGUCAACCGCACCCAUGUACACGAUACACUCCAACCUGCACACCACACAAGACAACAACCAACGGCAACAGAUUAAUGGAUGCAGUGGUGAGGUGUAUGGUAUGGCCGUGGUGUGCGUGUCCGCGUCUGAGGCUCACCCGAAGUGCGCGCAUACGGUGGCUGUGGCGACGCCAUGCUGACCGGCACCCGUCUCGGCGAUGAUGCGCUUCUUGCCCAGACGUAUCGCCAGCAGCGCCUGACCCACCGCAUUGUUGAUCUGAUCACACAGCACAGCAGAGGGGGGAGGGGAACAAGACAACAGUCCACAAGAAGUCAGUCAUCCACGCCAAGUCCUGGCCAGCCCUUUCCCCUCCUCCAGGCUCUCACCUUGUGUGCCCCGGUGUGUGCGAGCUCCUCUCUCUUGAACCAGAUCUGCGCCCCGCCCACAUGGUCCGUCAGCCGCUGGGCAAAGUAGAGUGGCGUUGGCCCUCCGAUGAACUCCCUCCUGUAUCGCGCCACCUCCGCCAGGAACUCCGGGCUGGCCAUGGCUUCCUUGAAGGCCGCCUCCAGCUGCUCGUGCGCCUGCAUCAGCGUCUCGGGGAUAUAACGGCCACCGAACUCGCCAAAACACCACUUGGACGGGUCGGUGGGCGACUGGGGGGCGACGCCGUUGGCUGCCAUCGGUGGCUGACCGUUGGCGAGGGCUGCGGUUCGCGCCGCGUGUGCCUUGAGAUCGGUGCACACGGCCUCGAUGGCUGCGCACCGCUCGGCGACGCCAGAGCUCCCCUUGGCGGCCACGCCCUCUAUGGCGUUGACGAGGGCUGAGCCGACGACGAAGCCAUCAGUGCCCAGAGAGGCCAGCCGCUCCACAUGCUCGCCCCUGAAGACAUAUUGAGAAGGGUAAACAAACGUGUCGGCUGCUGUCUUGCUGGAUGUGUUGCUGUCUGUCUGUCUGUCUGUCUGUCUGUCUCACUUGGAUAUUCCGAAUCCGACAGCGACGGGCAGUUUGGUGAAUUGCCUGAUGAUGCUGAGAGUGUCCUUGAGAUCGGCGGUGAUCCUGUUCCACGUGUCGGCGUCGCGGGUGCCCGUCACACCCGUCAGCGACACACAAUAGAUGAACGAUGACGCCGCUGCCGCCAACUGACAUAUCACAUGUGACGAUCUGUGUGUGCGUGUGUGUCUUGUCUUUUUGUGUUUGUGUUGUGUCGUGUGUACCUGCUGCACACGGGCCUGUGUGCUGGUGGGUGCGAUCAGUGGUAUGAAUGAGAGGUCGGACGCCUUGCAGUGUCCCAAGAAGGCCACGGCGUCCUCAGGCGGCAGGUCCACAACGAUGAAGCCGUCGACGCCCACCUGAGCGGAGCGCUCGCACACCGACUGCAGCCCGUAGGCCAGCAGGGGGUUGUAAUAUGUCAUCAACACAACCUGACAGCACGGACGGACGGACGGAGAAGCAGCCAGUGCAGACAGGCAGACGGAUGGAUGGAUGGAUGGACGGAUGGACGCAGAUGCAGGGCAGAGUGAUUGGCAAUACAAUACAAUACAAUAAAUGCCAUUCCUACCGGUGUGGUGAGUCCCUUGGCGCGUGCCUUGGUGACCAUAUCGAAGCAGUCGUCGAUGUUGGUGUCGUUGCCCCGCUGCAACGCAACAGUGCUUGCACGCUGAAUCGUCGGACCAUCUAGACCGACACAGACCGACACACACAGAGGAAGUAAGUCAUGGGCCAGGGUCUAUCCGUGUGUUUCCACGGUCCUUCGCCUACCCGCCAGGGGGUCCGAGAAUGGGAUGCCGAGUUCGAUGACGUCGGCGCCGCCCCGCUGCAGCGCCAGCAUGGCAUCCACCGUCACAGCCUUGCUGUCAAACCCAGCUGCAUACACCACACACACAUCACACAUCACACAGAGCCCACCUUCGUGUGUGUGGGUGCUGUGUGUCUGUGCUGCUGUGCUGCUGUGCUGCUGUGCUACCGUACCUGUGAGGUAUGCGACGAAUGCCGUCUGGCCGGCCUGCUUGGCCCUCUCGAAGGCGUCGAGGAGCGACUGCACGGGCAUGAUGAUCUGGUGAUCUAUCGACUGCGGGCUGCUGAUAUGGACUGGAGCGGAGGCAGAGCUGGGACGAAUGGACGAACUGAUGAGCGGAUGAGCUGAUGAGCUGUGAAAGUGCUGAGAGUUGAGACGACUUGGUGGUAGAUCUGCUUCACGAGCUGAUGUGGCUGCUGUUUGCGAGUGCUCCACACUCCUCAAACCUUCAG